GGCGCCGCCUCAGGACCGGCGAGAGGCGGCGGCGCGGGGCGAUGCGGCGGGGUCGCGGCCGAGCGGGAGCGGGAGCGGGGGCCAGCCGGAGCCCCUGGCGCGGGCCGCAGCGCAGCUUCCCGCCGCAGCCGCAGUCGCCUGCGCGGGACUGGCCCGGCACGGCCGCGCUGGCCAUGGCGCUGCCGCCGCCGGCGCCGGCCGGGCUGGGGGCGCGGGCGCUGCAGGCGCUGUGCCGGGCCGGAGGCUGCCUGGAGCAGGGCGAGCUGCAGCGGCGGCUGGCGGCGCCGCCCGAGGAGCUGGCGCGGGAGCUGCGGGACGCGCGGAGGUUCGUGCUGGCCAGCCGGACCGGCCCCGGCCCCGGCCCCGGCCCCGUCGUCGUCGUGGUGGCCGCCAGUGCCGUGCGCCUCUGCCCCGAGCCCCUGGCGGGCUGCGCCGGCGCCUGCGGCCGCCUCCACCUCUGCAAGUUCUUUGUCUACGGCUGCUGCCGCAACCAGCGCGCAGGGAAAGAAUGCAAAUUUAUUCAUAACCUACGAUCGGAGCAUAACUUACCUGUUCUGAAACACCAUGGGCUUGAGUGCUUAAAUGAUGAUGAACUGUGCCAACUUCUGCUUCAGAAUGAUCCUUCACUUUUACCUGAGAUAUGUCCGCAUUAUAACAGAGGUGAUGGACCCCACGGGUCUUGUAACUUUAAGACAAUCUGUAUCAAACUUCACAUUUGCCAGCACUAUUUGCUGGGAGACUGCAGAUUCGGCAGUAACUGCAAACGAUUACAUGACAUUUUUAAUCCAGAAUGUUAUGAAAAACUGGAGAAACGUGGAAUGAGCUCAGACCUGAUUAGCAGACUGCCCUCCAUCUUCAGGAACGUGUAUGACAUCAAAAAUGGCAACUCCUCACCAACCAAAGUGAAAGGCGACAGUCUGAAUGAGGUAUCCACAAUUCCAAAUAAUAAUGAAAAAUUGGAAGAGAUCUGCUUAUAUCACAUAAGGCGAAGUUGUAGUUUCCUAGAUAAGUGUAUCAGAGAACAUUUUCAUUUGCCAUAUAGAUGGCAGAUCUGUGACGAUGCUGAGUGGAAGGACCUAAAGGAUAUGGAAAAGAUUGAAGAGGCAUAUUGUGACCCUCAGAAUAACAGCGCUCAUGUGAGAGGCUCUGUCUCAGAGUUCAUAAAUUUUCAAACUAUGACCUGUGGCUCUAGAAAAGUUAGACGCCUCUCCACGGAAUCAUCUGUGACCAAACCCCCUCAUUACAUUCUUACAACAGACUGGCUGUGGUACUGGAAGGAUGAAUAUGGCUUGUGGCUUGAAUAUGGAAAACAAGAUGUUGACCAUGCUGCUGCUACUGUAUGUAGCAGUGACCUGGAGAAAGCUUACCUAGCCAAAGGGUCUCCAACAGCACUGCAGUUCAAAGCUGGGAAGCACGAAUAUGAGAUCAAUUUUAAAGACAUGAUCCAGAAAAACCUUCGCUACAAGACGGAGAGAGAGGUUUGCAGGAGACCCAAAUUCAUCUCUCCAAAAGAGGUUGAAAAGAAAAAAAUCAGUGGGGAUCAACAUUCAGGAGAGUGGAAGAACAUUCCAGACCACUGGGACAAGUCUGUCUUACCAGAAGUUGGAUAUAAGCGUAUCAAACUUCUCAGUUCUUCAGAGGAAUACAAAAAAAUCCAGGCUGACUUUCAGCGCACAAUGCCCAAAACUGCCAUUCUGUGCAUCCAGAGAAUCCAGAACCCAUCUCUCUGGGAAAUGUAUCAAUGGCAGAAAGAACAAAUGCACAAAAGGAACGCAGGGAAAGCUGUGGCCGAGAAGCUCUUAUUUCAUGGGACCAGUAAACAGUACGUUGAUGCCAUUUGCCAGCAGAACUUUGACUGGAGGGUCUGUGGCCUUAAUGGUACAGUCUAUGGCAAAGGAAGCUACUUUGCAAGGGAUGCAUCUUACUCUGAUAACUAUAGCAAGAGUGAGCACAACGUCAAGACAAUGUUUCUGGCACGGGUGCUAGUGGGGGAGUUCACCUGUGGUAACUCUUCCUAUCGUCUUCCUCCCCCCAAAAGCAGUCAAAACAGUUACUAUGACAGCUGUGUGAAUAGCAUGAGUAACCCAUCUAUCUUUGUCAUCUUUGAGAAGUACCAGAUUUAUCCUGAAUAUCUGAUAGAAUACACAGACCAGCCAUUGGCAGCAAAGCCAUUAAGUGUUUAUUCAUUCAAUUCAUAUUUUCAGCAGAAUUUGUUUAACUGAGGAGAGUGCCUUCUGUCAGAAGUGGGCUUGGUUGCAUUACUAAACAUUAGGGCCUUGUUGCAUGUUAAUUUCAGGCAGCUCCUGGAGCUCUUAACCUCUGGAUUGUCCACACAUUAACACCUCAAACUAGUUUUAAGGAUGCUUUUAAACAGCUUAAAGAUAUGCCACUCUAGGGCAGGUUACUCUUUCAUCCACGUUAACCAGCUCAUGUUCCCUUAAUGUGUGGCCACUCCCUACAGGUGAACUACCCAAUUUACAGCCCUCCAGGAUCACAGGAUGCAUUGUCUCCCCCCUACCCCCUAUGUGGACAAACUUUCUCCCCCCCUUCUGCCCAGGGGUGCAAGCCUGCAGAGCACUUGCCAGCUAGCCAGGUUGCAGGGCACGAAGGGGUCCAGGAGUGGGGUUUACAGGGCAUAGGGGGGAACAAGGCAGGGAGUGUGAUUGUGUUGCCAUGAGCUGGAGUUUCCUUCCCAGGGCAGGGACAGUAGCUCCCCUAAAAAUGCCUUUCCUCACCUCUCCCACUUCCCAGCCACCCCCAGAAGCACUUCAGCACCCCCUAGAACCCAAUCCCAAAUCCCAUCGUAUUAAAACAUAAGACCUUCUUUAAUUUGCUUCCUCUUCAUUUCUUUUUUAAUUUUUGAUUUUAUCCUUCAGUAGCUGACUUCAUUUCACCACCCUUCCUCCACCUUCAUUUCCUUUCCACCUUCCACUUUCAUUACCCAGCCCCAUUCCAUUAACUCUGCCUCCCAGCUUCAUUUUCCUGCCUCCCCCCACCUACAGCAGAGAUGGAAGCCUGCCCUGGUUCACCAGCCCUGUAGUGGCAACUCACAGCUGUAGCUCCUAGGCAGGCCCCUGCUCACCAGCCCUCUAGUGACCAGCUCAACAUGCAACGUGUAAUAAGACCCUUAUUCUCUCCACAGUCUCCUAAGUAACUUAUGGUAGUUUAUAACAUAAAGGACAUUUUAAGAAUUUGAAAAAUGUAUCUUAGUGGGGUUACUUCAUUUUCUCUACUUAGUUUGGGGUUAUAAAUCUUCUUGGCAUUCACAUGAUUCUUGUAAGGGGACAUGAAGUAACAGAAUAGCAGUUGGCUGUACGACUCGUAACAUGACUUAUUUUUAAUGCUCUAUAUUCAUUUUUAUUAAUUCUCAGGAAGGGAAGUCAGAUGUGUACUAAGCAGCAGGAGCAGAAUUUGCACAAGCCGUUUUUUGGCAAGACAUUUCUUUACUUCCGUAGAAAUAGUUUUGCCCACAGAGUUGCUUUGUGCUGUUGCUUCCACAUCAGGGUGACCUGCUAACAUGCUCUGCUACUCUGUGGGGUGUUUCUUCUUAAUACCUUGUGCUUGCCAAGGCGUAAAUUUGUGUUGUAAAAAUAAUGCAGGGAGUCGUAAAGGACCUGUAGUUUCAUUAACUACUAGUGCCAUCAGCAAUCUGACUUGACCUUUGGGAUGCUAAUAACAAGAGUGAGGUUUUUUUAUGUGGUUGGAGCAUCAACAGUCUGGCUGUGGUCUGUCCUCACUCUUUCCAACACGGCUAUUUCAGACAGCACAACUAAGAACUUCCCUUUCGUACAUUCUUCUCAUGUAGACCAAGCAAUUCUGCAGUAAAGACUAAUGUGGAAUAUAGUUUCUGUUCUGCUCCUUUCCUGGUGAAAGGAGGAUCUUUAAGGUGAAGAUUGUGGGGAACCAAAGGUGUAUGUUGUUGGCCCUAUAAUUGGGACACUGUAAACUAUUUUUGUUGAUGUACAAGGAAGUAUAGAGUUGAGUUGGGUUUGAGUCUCUCUCUCUCUCUCUCAGGGUUGUAUUCAUUCCUGUAUGGUUAACCAGAGUCAAAAGCAAUCAAAGGGCUGUUGCUGAAGUAAACAGUUCCACCCUUUGUGAAUGUAAGAAACGGAGACUGUGAACCUUCUGUUCACAAAGUUGUGACUUCAGAAGACAGCUGCACUUCAGAGCUCCACUCCUUUUUGGGAGGUUUUCCCUUCUCCAUCUGCAAUCCAAUUAAAAUUGCAGUCUGGAUUUUUAAUUACAGCCAAGAAAGUGAGGGAAGCAGGGAGAACCAUUUGUGGUGGUAAAUCUCUACAAAAGUCUGCUCUGCGAUGUGCCAAAAAACUACCUCCCCAAAUACCCCCAAAUCAAAAAACAAAAACAGAAAAACCAACAAAACAAAAAGAAAACAACAAAAACCUGACAUAACCCUGAGGAAAUUCUACUUGGUACAGUUUCUGUACUUCUAAUUAUUUUGUCCUCUGGUAAAAGUUGCUCACCAGAAGCCAAGCGCUAAAGGUGGAAAGGAGCAAAGGGAUGAUAAAGAUUGCUCAUCCUUUUCUGCUGGUAACGUUGUCAGAGCAUAUACAAAAUAAACUGUAGAACGUAAUGCUGUGCUAGUGUGCUAUUUCACCAAAUAGGCCCUGCUAUAGAUAAUAAACGAACAAGAAUUAAGGAUGAACCACUCAAGCUUUCCAGCACUUUCACUGUCUACAUUUUUGUUCAGGUAGGAGAGAAUGUAUCAUGGCAUUUACUGGAAACUCAAGCUGGUGUGUACUUCAGUAAUUAAUUACUGUGAUUAUGAAAGUGAAAUUUAACAAUUCUGUCACUUGUUAAUACAAGGCUACUGCUUAAUCACCAUUUUUCCUCUUUGAAAUCGAUGCAAGUGACAGCGCACAUCUUUGGAUUACCAGAAGUGUUCCUCCAGUUAUAGCAGUUGCAUUGGCUAGUUGUGUAUUUCAAGUGCCUUGGAAUUUCCAUGUUUUAAACAAGAAAAAAUUAACUGGAAGUUAUUUUGAAACUCCUUUAAUGUGUGAAGCUAAAAUCAAAUGUUUUAUUAUUGUCAACUAUAUGCCUUAGCUCUUUGACAGCUAUAAUGUAUGACAUCUUUUUUUAAUGGAAAUUUAUUAAAGCAUUUUGCCUGAAAAAUGG